CGGAAACAAACAAAACGGACGCGUUUUACACCAGCACACGAAGGUUAAUACCGUCAUUACGCUCACCAAACCUUCCUCCACCCAUUAUUUUAUACUUUAAACAAAAAUAUCAAGGCGCGAAACCAUGACAAAUCUCCCGCCCCUUCUCUGACCAGCCUCCCUCUCGCUACCCAACCCCGCGCCUCCCUUACCUUUAUUUCUCCGCCUCUCGCUACCUCCCUGUCCCCCUUCUCACUCGCACAAUGCACUUCGAAAACCAACCACAUAUUCCCCCAGCUACUCCCAGCGGUUCCAUCGCCUCUUUUAUCUCCAUGGAUACCCCCCACCGUGCCAAAAAACACCGUGGCAGUUACAACUGCGGCCGUUGCGGCCUCCCUAAAAAAGGCCACGUCUGCCAUCUCCCUCCCAGCACCACCACCACACCAACGCAAACUCCCACUGACUCCUCCGUUUCAGUCUCCACCUCAACUUCUCGUCCACCUCCGCCGUCACGUCAGCAGCACUCGAAUCUCCGCAGAGCGUUGUCAUUUGAUGACACUGACUUACGUUGUGAAUCACCUGAUAUUGAAAUCGAUGAAUCGGAGUUGGAUCUGUUUGAUUCAGGUUCCGGGAAGUUGCCGGUGAGCUGCAUGUGGGAGAUUUUGAGGAGGUUGCCGCCGGAGGGGUUGUUGGCGGCAGCUAGGGUGUGUAAGGGCUGGAGAGAGACAGCGAGGAGGUUAUGGAGGGCGGCGGAGGAGCUUAGACUCACGGUUCCACCUAGGACUCAGCUUGUGUUUGUUGGAUCUUUGUUGCGGAGGUGUACUGGACUCAGUAGACUGAGUCUUAGAUCGGAAAGUGAUCUGGAUGCGACAAUGUUGGCUUGCAUUGCGUUUUCUUGCCCUAAUUUGGAAGUGAUGGAGUUUUCUUCAUCCGAAACUCUAGUCAAUAGGAUUACUGGCGACGAAUUGGGUUGUUUUGUUGCUAAUAAACAUUGCCUAAGAAGCCUUAAGAUGGAAGGGUGUUCUAAUCUGGGGGGAUUCGUCCUCUGUUCCUCAAGUCUCUCUGCACUCUGGCUUUCAGAUCUGUAUUGCCUUUCUAAGAUGGUCUUUAACUGUCCCAAUUUGAAAGAGAUUUCCCUUGAUUUUUCUCGCCAAGAAAAUGAGAGUACUGAUCUUAUUGCUAUGGUUGAUGGCUUGGGAAGGAGUUGUCCUCGGCUCCAAAACAUACAUGUUGCAUCAUUUCGGCUUUCUCAUGCCACGGUGCUUGCUCUCACAGCUGCAAACUUGAGGGGGUUGCGAAUGCUUUCACUUGUUUUUGGAACUGAAAUUUCCGAUGCAUCUGUUGCUGCCAUUUCUCAAAGUUAUUCAAAAUUAGAAUUGCUUGAUCUGAGUGGGUCUAGUAUCAGUGACAGUGGCAUUGGAAUGAUAUGCAAUGUAUUCCCUGGAACACUUUCGAGUCUUCUUCUUGCACUCUGUCCCAACAUCACUUCAAGUGGAAUUCAAUUUGCCACAGCUCAGUUGCCUCUUCUUGAACUCAUGGACUGUGGAAUGACAAUAUGUGAUCCGAGCUCUCAAAAUCCAACCUGCGAUGAAAGUGGUGAUUUUGAGUUGCAGAUGACAUUUAAACAUAAAUUACACCUUAUAUACCAGAAGCUUAUCAUUAAACAUAGCCGGUUGAAAAAGCUCAGCCUAUGGGGCUGUUCUGGCUUAGAUGCUCUAUACUUAAACUGCCCAGAACUCAACGAUUUGAAUCUGAACUCCUGUAAAAACUUGCAUCCAGAGGGUGCUCCGCAGUGCCCCAGUUUAGAAAGUGUGCAUGCAUCAGGAUGUCACAGAUUGCUGACUGGGGCUAUUCAGAGUCAGGUCAGCAACAAUCUUGAUGCAAAGGAAAACCAAUCCCCCCAUAAACGGUUGGCUGAUGGCUCAAAGAGGGUUAGGGUCCCGCUAUUCCUGAGUGAGCAGCCAUAUGACGAGGAUAAGAAGCGGAGAAGAAUUGAGAGUCGUCCAUGUAAGGUGCUUGUGGACUGAUCAGCAUGCCCAUCAUACAUGUUUCAUACUGUACACAUUGUGUAAUCCUUACGCGUGCUGUAAUCUCUCGAUUGCUGUCCGUUUCAUAUGGCCAUGUGCCCUGUGCAUGCAAAAUGUUUGCAGUCGUCCAGAAUCAUGGUUAGGGCCAUCUGCCUUGUAUAUUGCCAUUACCUUGAUAUCGGGCAAAUGUUACAAAUUAAACUC